AUUGGCGGAAAGGGGGGAGGGAAAAGAACACAUACUUGACACGCGUAUCGGACUUUCGUUGCUCCCAUUGGUCCAUUUCUUAGCGCGCGGUUGCGGUCUUGGAUACUACACGAUUAGUAGGACAUUUAGUAUUGAAUGUGAGUGGGGGGCAGAUCGAUGGGAGCUCGAAAGCCGGUGUCAGACGAUACUCACUUUUCCUCCUCACGCAGACGAAUCUGUACGCUCGCAACUCACUUCGCUCUGCUCUGAAGAAAAUAUCGAAUUGUUUUGAAAUGAUAUGGGAAAUUGCAAGCGAUUGCAAUAUUGAGAAAAACUUUUCUUUUAUUUCAUGAUUUCGCUCGUAUGAAGUCAAGUGAAAAGAGAAAAAAAAAGUUUUUGUUCGAAAAGGGAAAUAGUUUGUUUUUCUGUCGAAUGCAACUCUUUCGAAUGAAUUCCUUUCAAAUUGAUGCAUAAACUGAGACUCAAGAAUUCGGGAAUUUUAAAGAAAAAUCAUUUUUGCAUUGAAGAAAGGAGAUUGAUGAAAGUUGAAAUGUUCGGCGUGGGUGUUCAUCAUUGAAGGGGAAGUGAAGUUGCGUUGUUCGGGCGGCGGCAGCGGUAAAGAGCGGGGCGAGGGCCCGCAUCAACUGCCGUGCCGCUACUCAGCCACAACGGCCGACGUCUACCGGCUGUGGAUGCAAGGGAAGCCCGACUUCUACGGCAGUGCAUCGCCAGUAGCCAAUCUACCAAUGCUCUUCACAGAGCCGGCCUACAAAGGAGCGUGGGGCUCCCCUUCACCCACACAACCACAAGAUUUCAGGGAGAGGAUGAAAUUGAAUGCCGGCUCCUUCAGCAUCUAUCAGGGUGGACACACUGGACCCUGCGAAAUGUUAUCCGCACAAUGCCAUAAGCGGGAUGACGAAGACAUCUUUAGACGCCCACACCCACCCACACAUCAGAAAUAUGCAAGAUCCUUAUCAAAUGUUUGGUCCAACCAGCAGUCGGUUAGCUACGUCAGGUAGUGGUCAGAUACAACUGUGGCAAUUUCUGUUGGAGCUUCUCUCGGACAGCAGCAACGCAAAUUGCAUCACGUGGGAAGGAACGAACGGAGAAUUCAAACUGACCGAUCCUGACGAGGUGGCCAGAAGAUGGGGGGAACGGAAGAGCAAGCCAAAUAUGAAUUACGAUAAACUGAGUCGUGCACUGCGGUACUAUUACGACAAGAACAUAAUGACCAAAGUGCAUGGCAAGAGGUACGCCUACAAAUUUGACUUCCAAGGACUGGCUCAAGCUACCCAGCCAGCGGCCACUGAUCCCACCUACAAGUACCAGUCAGACCUAUUUAUGUCCGGUUAUCACCACAGUCCUAAGUUGAAUUUCGUGGGGGCCCAUACGGGUAUACCCUCUACAACAGGGAGCAUAUUUCCAGCUCCCACGUCUUACUGGACAAAUCCUAGUGCCAAUCUAUAUUCGAAUAUAGCCGCGGCCUCCACGCACACGAUGCCCCACCAUCCGGGUCACGUGACAUCGCACAUCGGCUCUUAUUCCCAUUACGCAUGACAUCAUCAUCAUCAGUGCUGGAUACCCGUCGCACCCAACUGGACGCACGACGCGUCGUCGCCAUCCAUCCCGAAAUACGACGAGGAUGCCGCCUGAGACGUUCUACCAAUCCUCUCUUUGGAAAACGAUGAACAAAAACAUUCUUCUAGGGGAGUGUGUGAUCUAAGCGCGUCCUGCUAUGUUUCCCGAUAGGACAAGAAAAAAAAAGUAUUACUAACAUUUCGAUGAAUAUUAACAAGAAAAACGAAAGAAAUGUACAUAAAAUAUUUAAAAAAACACUACUUGUGUAAUAUAUGUGACUGCUCUUUCAAAUUAUACAUUAAGAACCUUUUUCAAUUUGAGUGAGAGAGUGCUGUCAGUACUCAAUUUGGACUCUGAAAAAUGUGAAGCGUCAGUACAUAUUGAUUUGUACAUAUUAUAUUGAUCAGUAAAAAUUAUUGUAUUUCAA